CCGGAAAUGGGAGUCACUGUGGAUGUGCACCAAGUGUACAGAUACCCAUUCGAGCAAGUGGUGUCUAGCUUCCUCAGAAAGAUGACAUUGUGCUGAUUUCACAAAUCCUCAGAAUAGUACAGGGCCCUCAGGGGGAUCCAUGACUCUUCAAGAGAGAUUAAUCUGUCAGCUCAUCCAGAGAAAUCAAUACCCUAACUCCAUGGAUAAAAAUGUGAUUGCUGUGAGAAUUGUGGAAGAACGAACAGAUGUCUCAACAGGGAUCAUCUACAGAAAGAGGAUUGCAAUCUGUCAGAAUGUGAUUCCAGAAAUUUUAAGAAAGCUGAGCAUUUUAAAAGUGCCAAAUAUCCAGUUGGAAGAGGAAUCAUGGCUCAAUCCUCAGGAAAGAAAUAUGGCUAUAAGAAGUCACUGCUUAACGUGGACCCAAUAUGCAUCCAUGAAUGAAGAAUCUGUCUUCAGGGAAAGCUUGGAAAAUCCAAAUUGGACAGAAUUCAUCCAAAGAGGCAGAAUAUCAAUCACUGGGGCAGGAUUUCUCAACUGCAUGUUAGAGACUUUUGCCCGUACUUUUCUAAAGCAGGGCGCCCAGAAGGGAAUUAGAAUAAUGGAAACUCUUUUGAAAGAACAGUGUGGGACCCCUUUACCUGAAUAAAGAAUGAUCAGGGGAGUUGAGUCCAUGUCUUCAGUUCCAAGAGAACAAUGCCUUUGUUGCCACUGCAUUUCCAAAACCUUUGGAUAUUCCAGCCACAGAGUGAGGAGGGCUCAAGGAUACAACAUGGAUGGCUUGAAGAAAAGGCACUAGCCUUCUACAAGUAUUUAAAAAGAUAUACUCUUCUGGAAGUACAGUUCUUUUUCCAUUUGUUAAAGAAAAUGCAACUCUUGGGGAUAAGUUCUUCAAUUUGAAUUUUAUUUGAAUUUUACUUUGAAAAUGAAAAAGAUAAUGUUUAGGAUAAUUUUUGUUAAUUAGUGAUUCCUUAGAAUUAUUUCUAUAAUUCUCUUAUGCCAUAAAGCGACAAGAAUUGUUUAAGAAGACUAAAUAGUGAUCUUCCAUGUGCGUGGAGCAUGACAUCACCAUAGCCAUAGGAUCACGUGGAUUAGUAAAUUUAAGGGAUUGUAUUUUGAACCCGAGAUGGUCUGUGGUAGUCAUGCUGUUGGAUUAUGUUGAAAACAAAUUACCUUUAUAGUGCAUACAUUAUGAUGGCUUGAUAUCCUUUUCAUAACCCUGAAAAGAAGCACAUUUGCCAUCUUUCCUAUAACAACCAGUUUAGAUUCUGAUAUUCUAGCUAAAUCUGUGCCGUUUAGGUUGGAUAUUAGGAGACUUAAGUUUUAGUCUUGAUUGACUCAGGUCACUUAACUAAUGUUAAUUUUCUUAUCUGUUAAAUGGGAUAAGACUUGCCCUACCAACCUGAUUGGGUUGUUGGGAAGGAGUGAAAGAGGCAAGCAUUUAUGAAGUGUCUAAUAUAUGUCAGAUAAUGCUAAGAACUUUAUCUUGUUUUAGCUUCACAACAACCCUGGAAGGUAGGUGUUAUUAUUAUCCCCAUUUUAUAGAUGAAGAAGCUGAG